AUGUGCCUGUGUUUGUAUGGUGUGUCCCUUAAAGCAAAAGGAUUGUUAAAAAGCACUGACAGUGGAGGAAAUUUAGAAGUCACCCUUUUUUAUUUGAAUUUCCUACCUGUAACAAGGUAGUUUCUUUUUCUGAUCCCCACAUGCACCAUGUGUCUUCUAUUCUCAACCUGUUUGCCCUUGCUGCUUUUUUUUUCCCAACCCACUGGAAUACUUUCUCUUAAUUCUGUCUGAAAUUUAAAAAUCUGUUAAGGAUCUGUUGAGAAUACACAAAAUCCACCAACUUGACACCUCCUUACACCUCAGUAUUUCUACUGAUCCUGGAUUCUUUCAUUUCUGAAAUCUUACAGCAUGAAUUUCCUAUAGUUUUUCAAUUGUUUAGGUGAGGAGAGUCUUUCCCUUGCAACAAACUGUAAAAAACUUAAAAGCAAGCAUUAUUUCAUGCAUGUCUUUAUGUCUGUCUUAAAAGAUGAUAGGUUGUAAUUGUUGUUUUAAAAUUUUUGACCUAAAUUACUCAAGAGAGAGCCUUGAAGACUGGCAGCUCAACAGUUCAGACAUCCUAACCUUUGCCACUGCCACUGUUGCACCUUUGCCCUUUCCCCAAAGGGCCCCUGUAAAAAGCAGUGUCUGGCUAAGCAGGGUGUUCUUGAUAUUUCAGGAAUCACUGACGUUCCAGGAUGUGGCUGUGGACUUCACACGAGAGGAGUGGGACCAGCUCUACCCUGCUCAGAAGAAUCUUUACCGAGAUGUGAUGCUGGAGAACUACAGGAAUCUGGUCGCACUGGGGCAUCAACUUUAUAAGCCAGAGGUGAUCUCUCAGUUGGAGCAGGAGGAGCAAUGGAUGAUGGAAAGAGGCAGCUCAGGGGACAUUCGUGCAGGUGAGGAGCAAGCAUUUGGGUAUUUGCUGCUCAGUAAAGAGAAGCAGUCACUUUUGAAAUAUUCAACUGAGUGUGCUCCAAAUCUCUGCCUCUGGGAUUUAAAGAAUACUGAGGACUUUUUAAAUUCAGUUUAUGUUUGACUUUUUUCCAAAGUGGAAAUGGCUCUUUUUUUCCGAUUAAACAGAUAAUAUAUACUUACUAUUUAAAAAUUUACACAACACAAAAGUUACUUUCAAGGUAUUAAUUUUAACAUUCAUAAAUACCUUGGUGUUGUAAAUCUCCACAUAACAUUUUCUGGUCUUUAUUCAUACAUCCUCUCUCAGUAUUCUUUAAAUCUUUCCUUUCCAUGUCAAAGAUCCUCUGCCAUUUUUACCUACUUUUCAUUCUUUUUCCUUUUAUUAUCAAACUCUUUAAAUUUGCCUAAAACCCAUAACCUGAAUUUUAAUUCUUUAGAUUAUCUGUGUGAUAUGACCCCUGUCCUACCUGUACUACUAAAAUUGUUUACUUGGAGAUUACCGCUAACUUUCUAUCAGUCAAAUCCAGUGGCAAAAAAAAAAACAAAAACAAAAACAAAAAAAACAAAAAAACCCACAACGGUUAUUGUCUCCUAUGACUUUGUUGCAUUCACUUUGCUUUCUUGAAAUUUUCUUCCACCCUGGCUUGUGAUACACACAAUUCUUGUCUCUUGUAGUCUCAGUCUUGUAUCUCUACCUGCUUCUUUCACUACCUUCUGUCCCUUUUCAUUCUUCUAAAGGUAUGUAUUCCUACAGACGUGGUGCUCAAGUCUGCAGUACAUCACUUUAAAAUAGCCCUUCUGUGUCCUUUUCCCAUGUCUAUAUUUCUAGCCUCAGUAUUUCACUCACAUUCUCUUCCCAGAUUUCAGAUUAUAUUUUUGUUUAUGAAUGUCAUGCCAUUAUUUUAAUUAUUUCAAAACCUGGAUUUGUUGACUUUAUACUCUCUCUUUAAAGUAUCUCUUUAUUUUUAUUCAAUAUAUGAAGUUUAUUGUCAAACUGGUUUCCAUACAACACCCAGUGCUCAUCCCAAAAGGUGCCCUCCUCAA